AGGAGGGUGGUACGAAGUUUCAGGUUGAUCCUGUGGUUCCCUCCCACCACCUUCCAGUAUGUAUAUAAAUUGUCAGCUCUCCAGACUGUUUGCCAGUUCUCUCUUCUAGACUUGCCAGAAGCAACAGAGGACUAAAGAUGAAGAUCUUUUUCUUAUUCACCUUUUCCACUUUUUUGUUAUCUGCUUUUGAACAAGUAGCUGCUUCUGCUCAUUAUGACAAGAUUUUAACUCAUAGUCGAAUAAGGGCACGCGACCAAGGCCCAAAUGUCUGUGCCCUUCAGCAAGUUAUGGGAACAAAAAAGAAAUACUUCAGCACCUGCAGAAACUGGUACCAGGGAGCCAUCUGUGGAAAGAAAGCAACUGUGUUGUAUGAGUGCUGCCCUGGCUAUAUGAAGAUGGAUGGUACAAGAGGAUGUCCUGCAGUUGCUCCUAUUGAUCAUGUAUAUGGUACACUCGGCAUUGUUGGAGCUACCACCACGCAGCAGUACUCUGACAUAUCAAGGCUGAGAGAAGAGAUUGAGGGACGAGGAUCAUUCACUUUCUUUGCACCAAGCAAUGAAGCCUGGGAGCAAUUAAAUUCGGAAAUUCGUAGGAAUUUGCUUGACAAUGUAAAUAUUGAGCUAUAUAACGCUCUCCACCACCAUAUGGUAAACAAGCGCAUGUUGACAAAAGAUCUUAAGAAUGGCAUGACUCUAGUGUCUAUGUAUAAUGACCAGAAAUUGCUUAUCAACCAUUACCCUAAUGGGGUUGUUACUGUUAACUGUGCCAGGAUCAUCCAUGGCAACCAGAUUGCUACCAAUGGCGUUGUUCAUGUCAUUGAUCGUGUCCUGACCCCUGUUGGAAAUACCAUUCAAGAUUUCAUUGAAGUCGAGGAUGAUCUUUCAUCUCUUAGAGCUGCUGCCAUCACUUCAGAUGUCUUGGAUAUUCUUGGAAGGCCUGGCCAUUACACAGUCUUUGCUCCAACUAAUGAAGCUUUUGAGAGACUUCCAAGAGGCGUCUUGGAAAGGAUCAUGGGUGACAAAGUGGCUUCUGAAGCUCUUGUGAAGUUCCAUAUUUUAAAUACUCUCCAGUGUUCUGAAGCCAUCACAGGUGGAGCUGUCUAUGAAACCUUGGAAGGCAACACACUUGAAGUUGGUUGUGAUGGAGAAAGUCUGACUGUGAAUGGAGUAAAAAUGGUGAAACGUAAAGAUAUUGUGACAAGCAAUGGAGUUAUCCACCUGAUCGAUGAUGUGCUAAUUCCUGAUUCUGCCAAGCAAGUUAUUGAGCUUGGAGGUGCCCAGCAGACUACUUUUACAGACCUGGUGGCACAACUAGGACUGGCAUCUUCUCUGAGACCAGAAGGCCAAUACACUCUCCUGGCACCUCUAAAUGGUGCUUUCUCAGAUGACACCUUAAGGAUGGAUCAACGUCUUCUUAAAACAAUCCUGCAGAAUCACAUUAUAAAAGUGAAAAUUGGGCUUAAUGAACUGUACAAUGGACAAGAGCUGGAGACAAUUGGAGGAAAACUGCUUAGAGUCUUUGUGUAUCGCACAGCUGUAUGUGUUGAAAAUUCCUGCAUGAUCAGAGGAAGCAAAGAAGGAAGGAAUGGUUUUAUUCACAUCUUGAGACAGAUCAUCAAUCCAGCAGAAAAGACAUUGCAUGAAAUGCUGAGAAAUGAUAAACGUUUUAGCAUUUUCCUCAGUCUGGUGAAAGCUGCAGAUUUAGAUGAUGUUCUGUCACGGCCUGGAGAAUGGACUCUGUUUGUUCCAACUAAUGAUGCCUUUAAAGGUUUGACUGAUGAUGAUAAGGACAUAUUAAUAAGGGACAAGAAUGCUCUCAGGAAUAUUCUUCUUUACCAUUUGACACAAGGAGUAUUCAUUGGAAGUGGCUUUGAGCCUGGUGUGACAAACAUUCUUAAAACUAUCCAAGGAGGAAAACUCUACUUGAAAACAGUGAAUGAUACAUUGCUGGUUAAUGAACUGAAAUCAAGAGAACCUGAUCUCAUGGCAACCAAUGGUGUCAUUCAUGUUAUUGAUAAACUCUUAUACCCAGCAGAUCUGCCUGUUGGAAAUGAUCAGUUGCUCACGAUCCUGAAGAAGUUGAUUAAGUACAUUCAAAUUAAGUUUGUUCGUGACAGUACGUUCAAAGAGAUUCCACUGACAUUUUACAAAAUUAACAUAAUUGAAAGCAACGUCCAGCCCAUCAUCAGAAAGGAAGAUCCAAUUAUUAAAACAUACACCAAAAUCAUUGAUGGGCGACCUGUGGAAGUGACAGAGAAAAAAGUAACAGAAGAAAGAAUUAUUCAAGGUCCUGAAAUAAAAUAUACUAGAAUUACUGCCGGUGGUUCAGACAAUGAAGAAAAGUUAAAGAAAUUACUUGAAGAAGAGGUUACCAAGGUGACCAAAUUUAUUGAAGGUGAUGGUCAUUUACUUGAAGAUGAAGAAAUCAAAAGACUUCUUCAGGGAGCUGGAACUGAGUACACCAAGGUUACUAAAGUAAUUGAGGGAGAGCCACAGAUUAUCGAGAGAGAAAUCAAGAAAGUCCAUCUGGAAGGUUAGUUUGUCCAAAAAUCCAGUAUCACUAAGAACUGCUUUUUCUGAAGUGAUCAUUCCAGGUGGUGUUUUGUAGUAUAUACUCACAAAAAUCACUUAGAUCUGAAGCCAGUAUUUUAGCAAAAAGACUUUUAUAACUGUUUUGGAAAAGAAUUCUUUAAGUGACAUUGCAAAGAAAAAUGUUGAGGCUUUUCUUUUGGAUAAAAGUAACUAAAAAAUUUGGCAUGCACAGAGGAAAUGUAUAAACACAAAGCUCAGAUAAAACACUUGAAGGAAUGCGCACCAUAAGAAUUACCUUUUCUCUAAACAGCACAUCCAGAAGAAGACCACGUGAGUUGUAUUUAACUUGAAUUAUUUCUUGUCAAUGUUAAUGGGAUCUGUUGAUGUGAGAGAUUCUCAGCUUGGUGAAGGAGGGUUGGGUGGAAGGAAUAUAACUGCUAGGAAUGGGUAAAUAUCUCACAGGGUCUUGGAAUUUCUCUGCCUUUAUCCUGUGGUUAAAUGAGGGAAGCUCAUGAGCUUGAAAAAGCUGAAUGGUGUUGUGGUCCAAAACGAAUCUCUUAGAGAAGCCAAAUACAAUUCAGACUGGCUUUAUACUAGUAAUUUGUUCUUAAAGUUUAACAGUAUUUUUAAAUUGUCUUAGUUCAAAGGCAAGAAAUAGCUUAUCUAGGGUUUAUUUUUUAUUUAUAUUUGUAUGUAUAUCCUUUUUCAGUUCUAAUUCUGAUAAAGCAGAAUAAGUUAUUCUGUCAGCCUUUGAACUAAAUUUAUAGGAAAAGACUGGGUUUUGGAGACUGAAGUUAAAUGAAUAUGUUUCUACAUUUACCAUUUGAAGUUUAUCCUAAAUACUGAAGAUAUAACAUAGCAUUUGUAUAAUUUCAAUGUUGACUAAAUCUUGAACUUGUAAGUCACUAUGUUCAAUGGUGUUGAAGAGCAUGGGCAAAACGUCCUGGCACCUGCCUACAUCAUGUAGUCAUCUGUAGAUCAGUGUGAAUAACAGAUUAAUUCAUACUGUUAAAAUGUAAAAAUACUUUUGAAAUGUUGCUAAGAUUUGAUGGAUGAAUGCACAUGAUAGGAAUAUGUGAAUUAUAUUAUAAGGAUUCACUUUUCAGGUGACCAAGUCAACAUGAGAAUGGGAAAAAAUCCUUAAUGUACUGAAUGCCAUACAGAACAUGUUUCGCAAGUCAACAAGGAGUUUCCAACAUUUCUAAUGAGUUUUUAUUCAAAGGCUCUUACAAAUAACUUCUGUUUGCA